AUGGCUCUUGUUUUCCACAAUGGAGAAAGUGAAUACACAGAUGUGCUGAGAAAUAGCAAUCUGGGAGACUCGUAUGUUUGUGUUAUAGGUGGAGAUGGUACGCUUCUCCGAGCACUGUCAAACUUUGGAUAUGGCUUGGUUCCUACUGUAUUGGCAUUUAACAAUGGAACAGUAGGACACCUUUUACCAUUGAAAUUGCAAGACUUAAGAAAUAUACUCAAAGCCAUAGAAAAGAAUGAACUAACUACAUUUAAAAAAUCAAGGCUACUUGUGAGCUCGCAUGGCAUUCUUGUGGCCAAUGAGUUGGUGGUAAGGUCAAAGAUGUUUAGACUCAACAGAUUCAAUAUCGCUAUUAAUGGAUAUGGAUUCGAAUUAUAUGCGAGUGAAUUGGUGGUAUCAACCCGUACAGGAUCAUCAGGGUAUAAUUUGUCACUCAAUGGGCCAUUGGCUUUUACAGAAUGCAUUAUUUUAAACUGUGUUGGUGCGAACCGCACAAGAUUUACCCCAAUUGUGCUUCCGACUGAUGUUAGGAUAAGAAUAGAUACAGAAAACUGCUACGGAAGCUUCGACGGGAAUGAAUUGAUCGAAAAUGAUAGAUCCAACAAUAUGUUUGAAAUAGCACAGGGAGAUUCUUAUGAAAUUGCAGUGAGCGAAAGCUAUCAGGACUUCGACAGGAUAAAUGAAAUAUUUUACAAUACGAGAAAUAAAAGUUAA